AUGCCUCUGACACCAGUUCCCUCGAGAUCCCUUGUGUCGGGGCCCCGUCCGGUCGAGAGGCAUCCCUACUCACUCGAUAGUCGAGAGGCAUUUCACCGUCCCCUUCUUUUGAUUUGCCUUUCUCACGUGGAGGAAACCGUGACGUCGCAGAAUGGAAGUAAGAUUCUUCUUCUCCUCCUCCUCCUCCGUCUCCCGUUUGAGACCGCGGGGUCGCUUCCGUUACGACCGCGAGCAGUCGAUGAUUGUCAUACGACCACGCGCAGCAGCAUCGGCAACGUCGUUUCGCUCUCGGAGGUCGAAAUACAAACCUUGGGCGUCUCGAAGCCAGACUCUGCCGCCGCCGCUGCCGCCGCUGCCGCCGCUGCCGCCAUCAACGUGAGUCGCCUUUUUUUUUUUUGUCAAUCUCGCACUACCAGAACUGUCUCUUGGACAGCAAGCUUCUUCCCUGUUACGGAUUUGGAUAUUUCCUUUUGUAAAAUGUCACCAGCAGCAGUAGCAACAGGCAAUGAUGCGUUCUUCUUCUUCCGUGCUCCACUCAAAACAUUACGUUUCAUUUCUUCUGAAAGCGUUAUUCACCUGGAAAUAUCUUGA